GAGGCUGCCAUAUUGCAGUGAUACAGCGAGUUUGUCUGAGCUUCUUCUGUUUUGUAGGCUUUGUGUUUCAAUAAUGCUUUCAGCUCAAAAUUUUGUAGAUCCAGGGAAAAUGAAAGAUUAUCAUUACACGGGUCCAACAGAACACCGAUUUUCACCUUACGCCUUCAAUGGAGGAACUGUACUGGCUGUUGCUGGAGACGAUUUUGCUAUUGUAGCAUCAGAUACCAGGCUCAGUGAAGGCUACUCAAUCCACAGCCGGGACUCUCCCAAAUGCUACAAGUUGACAGACACAACUGUUCUUGGCUGCAGUGGUUUCCAUGGUGACUGUCUAACUCUCACAAAAAUCAUUGAUGCUAGACUGAAGAUGUACAAACACUCAAACAACAAGACUAUGACCAGUGGAGCCAUUGCGGCCAUGCUUUCUACCAUCUUGUACAGCCGGAGGUUCUUCCCAUACUAUGUGUACAACAUAAUUGGUGGAAUAGAUGAAGAGGGCAAAGGAGCAGUGUACAGCUUUGACCCAGUGGGCUCCUACCAGAGAGACACCUACAAGGCUGGAGGAUCAGCCAGUGCCAUGCUACAGCCAUUACUAGACAACCAGAUUGGUUUCAAGAACAUGGAAGGGGUGCAGCAUGUUCCUCUGACUCAGGAAAAGGCAGUUCAGCUUGUCAAAGAUGUCUUCAUCUCAGCUGCAGAGAGAGAUGUCUACACUGGAGAUGCCCUUCGAAUCUGUGUUGUCACUAAGGAGGGCAUUAAGGAGCAGACGCUACCACUGAGGAAGGACUGAAGAGGAGAAAUGUUGCCAACAUGGGUUUCCUCUUGGGAUUCUCUGUUCAUCAUUCGCUCUGCUAAUCUCACUUCUUUUCCAUCUAGUUUCUCGGCAUAGGAGUGUUGAUCCUGGGAUUUAUUCAAGUAUGGCUUUUCCUGGGGAUUCUUAAUUUCUGCUCUCAAAGCAUCUUGGUCUUAUCUUAGAUCAACAUUCCUAUUCUGAGAAGCCAGCUCAUUACCCACACAUGCUCUGCCUCUGUUUGGAUUUUUCAUUAUAUGUUGCAGGGAUUUGUGCUCAGCUUUUCUUUUUACAUUCUUAAUAAAUGAAAAGAAAUUAA